AAAGCAUUUAUCAAGACAAUUGUUCCAAGUUCCAGGCUAGCUAGUCAUUUACUGAAGUCUAAAAAUGUGCUUGAAUUGGCACGACAUGUAGGACUUGGGUUGUCAUUUCACUUUGUUGCAUCUAGGAUGCAAGUGGUACAGGCUGUUGUCUAUUUAAAAAGGAGGGCAGGGCAACGAUAG